CAGUUGCCCGGGUGAGGACGAGGCGCCAUAGUCACGGUAGUCGUGGCGACAAGAACCAAGCAACGAGAAUCAACAACAACAACCAGAAUCAUUAAGAAACAAACUUUAACACCAAAGCCAGGAAUAUUCCAGUGGGAAUUUGAGAGUGGUGGUCUUGGUCCAGCCGUGGCGGUAGUCAUGGCGACCCCAGGCUACACAGAAGAGCUCCAGCCGGCCCCCCAGCCCAACGCUGUCACCAUAGCAACGCAAUCAGCCACGCCCUCCCGCUCCACGCCAACCCAGUUCAACCAGUCGGUGUCCAUCGUCUCCACAGCCGGACAGGACAAACUUCCUGCUCAAGCCACGCCCACCAAGGCCGAGAAGACAGUGGUUCUUGCCACUCCUUCUCAGACUCAGUUUGUUACCGCAGAGAUCCAGAGUUCUGCCGUUCAGCAGAGUAACGGACAGAGUUCCACACCGCAGUACAUCGUAGUGACCGUUACAGAUGGCUCUCUCCAUUCUAGUGACAGUGUAUCAGACUCCAGUCCUCCAGUAGUAGUGGUUCAGACAGGGGUCUCCACCCAGGUAGUACAGCAGACCACCCAACAGGUGCAGCAGCAUGUUUACUCCAGUCAGUAUGUGGAGGGAGAGGACUCUUCUUACACCACCUCUACCAUUCGUUCUGGCAGCUACCCGUACUCCGACUCCCCCCUCUACUCCCAGACCCCUCCAUCUUCCUCCUCUUCCUACUACGAGUCCACGCCCACCUCGGGGUCACAGGUCACUAACUCCGUGACUUCACAGUCGGUCUCCAUCACCGCGGCAACGGGAGGAGGUGGGAGUGGUUACGUCAUCCAGGGUGGACACGUAUUGGGAGGUGGGGACUACUCCAGUCACAACACCAGAGCAGCCCCCGCCACAGUACAGUGGCUGCUGGAUAACUACGAGGGUGCAGAGGGGGUCAGUCUGCCGCGCUGUACCCUCUACUGCCACUACCUCUUACACUGUCAGGAUCACAAGCUAGAACCUGUCAACGCUGCCUCCUUCGGCAAACUCAUCAGAUCUGUCUUCAUGGGGCUGAGGACCAGACGCCUGGGCACACGAGGGAACUCGAAGUACCACUACUAUGGUCUUCGUAUCAAGGCCACUUCUUCUCUGCUCCGUCUGAUAGACGACCACCAGCACCUCGCCUUGAGACAGCAACCCUUCUCUCAGAAACACAGGGUAAAGCCGGUUCUGAAGGUGGAGGGCAUGUCCAAUGGGAUGUCUCUGGGGGCGGGGCAGCAGCAGGGGGCGGGGCUCAGUGACAUCUCAGCUCAAGUGCAACAAUAUCAGCAGUUCCUGGACGCGUCGCGGGCGCUGCCUGAGUUCCCAGAGUUGGAUCUGCAGGACAGACCUCUUCCUGAUGGGAUCGUUCCAGAACACGUCGCAGCCUUCCAACAGCUCUACAGGGAACACUGUGAGGCCAUUCUGGAUGUGAUGGUGAACCUGCAGUUCACUCUGGUGGAGACGCUGUGGAAAACCUUCUGGAGGUUCAGCGAGAGCAUCGACGCAGACACACUCAGCGUUCAUGGUGAGUCAGAGGAGCGUCUACCUAAGUGGUACCUGGUGGUGCUGUGUAAGUACCAGCCUGUUGUUCACUGGACCAGAGACUGUGACAAUACACUGUACCAGACCCUGGUGGAGAUCCUCAUCCCUGAUGUAUUACGACCCAUCCCCAGUGCCUUAACUCAAGCCAUCCGUAACUUUGCCAAGAGUCUAGAGAGCUGGCUGACAAGCGCCAUGAUGAACAUACCAGAGGAGAUGGUCCGCAUGAAGGUGAUGUGUGCGGGGGCGUUUGCCCAGACGCUGCGUCGCUACACCAGUCUAAACCACCUGGCCCAGGCAGCCAGGGCCGUCCUCCAGAACACCGCCCAGAUCAAUCAGAUGCUGAGUGACCUCAACAGAGUUGACUUCACUAACGUGCAGGAACAGGCGUCGUGGGUGUGUGGUUGUGAGGAUGCUGUGAUCCAGAGGUUGGAGCAGGAUUUCAAGCAGACGCUACAACAACAUAACUCUCUGGAGCAGUGGGCUGCCUGGCUGGACGGCGUGGUCUCCCAGGUCCUAAAGCCCUACCCACACAGCCCUGCAGCCUUCCCUCAGGCUGCCAAGCUCUUCCUGCUGCGGUGGAGCUUCUACAGUUCCAUGGUGAUUAGAGACCUGACUCUGCGUAGUGCUGCCAGCUUCGGAUCCUUCCACCUGAUCAGACUGCUGUAUGAUGAGUACAUGUACUACCUGGUAGAACACAGAGUGGCCCAGGCUAAAGGAGAGACACCCAUCGCUGUCAUGGGAGAGUUUGCCAGUGUGGGCAGGAGUCUGAACUGUCAGGACCCUGAUAAAGAUGAGGAAGAGGAUGAGGAGGAGAGUGAUGAAGAGGGGGUAGAGAUGACCGUGCCGUCUAACGCCGCUGGUCUGGGAGAGGGGGAGGAGUCCCUGGAGCCGCCCGUCAAGCUAGCCAGGACUGACCCCCGGGGACUGUUCAAUACCACACACACAGAGUGACUCACACACACCCUCAACACGCACACUGACAACUGAAACACACGCUCUCGACUUAGCCGUUGGCUAACAUGACACACACACACACACACACACACACACACACACACUCACACACACACACACACCCUCAACAACACACA